AGCAGGGACUACAUUUCCCGGGGGGCCUCGGCGCGGCAGCGGCGGGCGCGGCAACGUUCCCCGGAAGUGGAGCCCGGGACUUCCACUCGUGCGUGAGGCGAGCGGAGCCGGAGACGAGACCAGAGGCCGAACUCGGGAUCUGACAAGAUGGCCGGGCUGCCCCGCAGGAUUAUCAAGGAAACCCAGCGUUUGCUGGCAGAGCCAGUUCCCGGCAUUAAAGCAGAACCAGAUGAGAGCAACGCCCGUUAUUUUCAUGUGGUCAUUGCUGGCCCUCAGGAUUCCCCCUUUGAGGGAGGGACUUUUAAACUUGAACUAUUCCUUCCAGAAGAAUACCCAAUGGCAGCCCCUAAAGUACGUUUCAUGACCAAAAUUUAUCAUCCUAAUGUAGACAAGUUGGGAAGAAUAUGUUUAGAUAUUUUGAAAGAUAAGUGGUCCCCAGCACUGCAGAUCCGCACAGUUCUGCUAUCGAUCCAGGCUUUGUUAAGUGCUCCCAAUCCAGAUGAUCCAUUAGCAAAUGAUGUAGCGGAGCAGUGGAAGAGCAACGAAGCCCAAGCCAUAGAAACAGCUAGAGCAUGGACUAGGCUAUAUGCCAUGAAUAAUAUUUAAAUCGAUCCGAUCAUCAAGUGUGCAUCACUUCUCUUGUUCUGCCAAGACUUCUUCCUUUUUUGUUUGCAUUUAAUGGACACAGUCUUAGAAACAUUACAGAAUAAAAGCCCCAGACAUCUUCAGUCCUUUGGUGAUUAAAUGCACAUUAGCAAAUCUAUGUCUUGUCCUGAUUCACUGUUGUAAAGCAUGAGCAGAGGCUAGAAGUGUCAUCUGGAUUGUUGCGAAACGUUUAAAAGCAGUGGCCCUUCUCUGCUUUUAUUCAUUUCCCCAUCAUGGUUUGAGUAUAAAGCACUGUGAAUGAAGGUAGUUGUCAGGGUUAGCUGCAGGGGUGUGGGUGUUUUUCUUUAUUAUUAUUAUUUUUUUGGUGGUGGGGGGAAGGUAGUUUUAUUUUAAUUUUAUGGGCUCCUUUCCCCCUUUUUAUGGUGAUCUGAUUGCAUUGGUUAAAAGCAGCUAACCAGUUCUUUAGAAUAUGCUCUCUAGCCAAGUCUAACUUUAUUUAGACACUGUAGAUGGACAAGCUUGAUUGUUUGAACCAAAAUGGGAACAUUAAACAAACAUCACAGCCCUCACUAAUAACAUUGUGACUUUGCUGUCAAGUGUAGAAUCCUCCCUUCAAGAAAAAGCUUGUGACCAUUUUGUAUGGCUUGUCUGGAAACUUCUGUAAAUCUUAUGUUUUAGUAAAAUAUUUUUUGUUAUUCUACUUUGCCUUUGUACAGUUUAUUUUACUGUGUUUAUUUCAUUUUUCCCAAUGUGACAAUCGUAUUUAAAAAUUAAAACUGAUGGAACAUU